AUGGCCGACUACAACUCCAUGAAGGUUCCCGAGCUGAAGAAGCUGCUCGGUGAACGGAGCCUUCCUUACACCGGCAACAAGGCCGACCUUAUCGCCCGCCUCACAGAGAACGACAAACAGAAGGCUGCUGAAAGCACGGCGCCACAAGCUGACUCCGCGCAGCCUGCUGCCGAAGACGAAAUUGACUACGAGGACGACGACCUCCCAUCAACCAAGAAGGAUGCCGUAGCAGAGAAGCCCGCUGCUGCGCCUGCCGCCACGGAGACAAAGCCCGCCACCUCAACGGCAGCUCCCACCACGACGAACGAGGCUGCCACCACCACCACCGAAGAGGCCAAGACAACCGAAGCCGCGGCGCCCGCCGAGGGCAGCACAGCCGAGGAGGCGGCAGCGGCGGCGGCCAAGCCGGCCUUCACGCAGAACCUGCCGCCGACGAACGCGCAGUCCGAGGCCGAGAAGCGCGCCGCGCGCGCCGCCCGCUUCGGCAUCACUCCCGCCGCUGCUGCUGCUGGCGAGGGCGAGAGCAAAAUCGAGGAGUCCGAGGAGGCCAAGCUGGCGGCGCGCGUCGCCCGCUUCGGCGUGGCUAAUGACCGCGUCUCGGCGCUCGACAGCGCGCUGCCCGACCGCCCUCGCAAGCGCGGCCGUGGUGCCGCUGGCGCUGAGGGGGCUGAGGGUGCUACUGCUGCUUCUUCUGCUGAGAAGGACGAAGGUGGGCGCGGCAGCAAGCGCGCGAACCGUGGUGGUGCGGGUGCUGGUGGGAGGAAUCAGCAGCAACAGCAGCAGCAGCAGAGGCGUGGCGGGAGGGGCCACCGUGGGAGGCAAGGUGGUGGUGGUGGUGGUGGUGGUGGAAAGGGUGGAAACGCGCAGAAGGGUGGGGAUAAGGGCGCGGCGCGGACCAUAGACCCGGCUAAUUAUUAA